CGAUGUUGAUAGUCGCCUGUUUUCCACUAGCGGUAUUUAUGUUCGUCGGCUUGUUGUGUGUCUAGUGUUAGUGUCACCUCUGCCACGCUUUUUAAGCUUAAUUUUCACUGAUAGUCAAAUCCACUCCGUCUGUUGUCCUACAUUGAAAAUGAAUGAAAUUCCUGCAAUGUUUGGGUUGAUCGUCUCUGGUAGAAUCGUGCAAACGGAUUUUCAGCCUCUUACACCAACAAACUUAGUAUCAACAAUUCCUGAUGCUGAAAAUAUAAAUCAUGUAGUUGUAUUUCUCACUGGUUUAACUCCUUUUCCCAUGGAUAUGGGAGGACUAGUCUUCUUUGGUUGGCCUGAUGAAACUACGGGCAGUAGCAAUUGGCAGCUAUUAGGAUACAUAUCAAAUGACAAGCCAUCAGCUAUAUUUAAGGUGUCUAAUUUAAAGAAAACCUCUUCGCUUGGAGCAGGAUGUCAGAACCCUUUUGCUCUUCAUAUAUCAAAAAAUGCCCAGAUUGGGAUUUCAGUAGAACCAUUAACAUCUGUUCAGCAGCAAGUAAGUCAGAUUGCCUCCACUCCGGAUGGAUCAACAGCCACUAACUUCCGUGACUUCUGCACCAAAAUGUUGGAGAAUUUUAUGAACUAUGCUAGUAGUUUUUCUCAAUCUCAAACUCAAAUGGUUUCAAAUCCCUCAGAACAGUAUGUGCCCCUAUCCACUCUUCAGUCUUGGUACAAUAACUUCAAUCGCCGCCUAGAAAAAAAUCCUUACUUUUGGAGAACAUAAAUUGAUAUUAUUCUUGAUAGAUAUAUACAUUAUAUUUAUUGAUGAAAUGUGAUUACAUAUAUAGAAAUGAUGAUUACAUUUCUCUACUGUUUGUAUUACCGUACUAUUUUACCAAGUUUAUGCAAUGUACUUCUUGCCAAGUAAUAGUGUCUUUCUACGAUUUUUGGUUUGCUUAGUACAUUGUAACAGUAAUAUAUAAUUCUUUAAUGAUGUUUUUCUUGUAACAAUCAUCAGUUUUACUUCAUAAUUAUUGAAGUUUAAAAUUUGCACCACAUGUCAAAAGCACUCAUUGUAAUGAUCACCACAAAUCUCAUUUCAUAUUUCCAUCAUUUUUUCUCUCAAUUUAUUUCUUGUGCUACAUGUUUUUUAUUCAGUAGGAUCUGGAUUGUCAUGGUCUCAGCUGUAUCCGAAUCUUGAAAACCUCAAAUCAUGAGUGCAGUGGUUCGCAUGAAUGCAUUUUAAAGUUCCAUGUGCCUUUUCAAUUCUAUGGACGAUACUAACUCAAAGAUGUACUCUGACUUAUACAAAAUGCUUUUAUUUUUCUAACUUAAUUUUCUAAACCCACAUGAUAUCCCAAAAAAUAAUAAUAAAUUAUUUUUUUCUAGUCCA